AUGGAGGAGGCCGACGUGGAGAUGGCCGCGGCGGAGGACGGACCUCCCGUGGAGCUGGAUGACAUGAAGAAGAGGUUGAAGGAGAUGGAAGAUGAAGCGGCUGCUCUCCGUGAAAUGCAGGCCAAAGUCGAGAAAGAGAUGGGGCAAGUUCAAGAUCCUGCUGCAGCUGCAGCAAGCCAAGCAAAUAGGGAAGAAGUGGAUUCCCGAUCAGUCUUUGUUGGCAAUGUGGAUUACUCAUGCACCCCUGAGGAAGUACAGCAGCAUUUUCAGUCAUGUGGAACUGUCAAUAGGGUAACCAUUCGAACUAAUAAAUUUGGCCAACCGAAGGGUUAUGCUUAUGUUGAAUUUCUUGAAGUAGAAGCUGUGCAAGAGGCUCUUCUUCUCAAUGAGUCUGAGCUUCAUGGACGCCAGUUAAAAGUAUCCGCUAAACGGACCAAUGUUCCUGGCAUGAAGCCAUUUCGCCCCCGGCGCGCCGGCCCCAAUCCUGGCUUUCGAGGCAGAGCACCUUUUAUGGCUCCUGUUAUGUAUUCUCCUUAUGGAUUUGGGAAGGUACCAAGGUUCAGAAUGCCUAUGCGUUACAGCCCUUAUUUCUGA